CCCGCCGCCCGCGAGGGCAGCCGCGGUCCCCAGGCCCAGGUCCUCGCCGAGAUGCUGCGAGCCUGAGCGCUCCGGAGCGGCCGGACUUUGUGUUUCCUGCCUCACGAGCGGCAAGUCUGCCUUCUGCGCGCGGGAGCGGAGCCGGGCGGCUUUGGUCCCCCGCCGGCGAGGAGCCGCCCCCGGGGGCGAGGACCCCGCGCACCGCGCCGGCCUGCGCAUCCUCCGCAGCGCCGCGCCUUCGCGCCGGGAGCACGAGUGGGCGGACCGCCCCUUGGUCGUACGUACCCGGGAGGGCCCGCAACUUCGGGGCAACUUAUUUCUGCAUCGCUGGUAGCUGCUAUCCCCAGAAUGACCCGUCCCAACAGUUCUUUACCAAAGGAAAUGGAUGAAAAUGAAAGUAACGAGUCCCUGAUGACAGGUGACCAGUAUCCUUCUGAAGCAGUGCAGGAACGACAGAAUUCAGCACGAGACUCUGGAGAAAGUGAUUCUUCUAAGCUGUCCAAGAAAAGCUUCAAGCUGGAUUACAGACUAGAGGAAGAUGUAACUAAAUCAAAGAAGGGGAAGGACGGGCGGUUUGUGAACCCAUGGCCUACGUGGAGGAAUCCCUCCAUCUCCAACCUUCUAAGGUGGCUGCUCACGGAGAAGAAUCACAGCAGUGUUCCAAGUUGCAAAGAGGAACUUGAUAAAGAACUCCCAGUGCUUCGACCAUAUUUCCUCGAUGACCCUGGAGAAGCUGGCGUGCGGGAGGCAGGCUUACGAGUCACCUGGCUGGGGCACGCGACGCUGCUGAUCGAGAUGGACGAGCUCAUCUUCCUCACGGAUCCCAUCUUCAGCUCCCGUGCUUCUCCAUCCCAGUACCUGGGUCCAAAGCGCUUUCGGCCCCCACCCUGCACGGUAGCUGAGCUCCCCCCAGUCCAUGCUGUCCUCAUCAGUCACAACCACUACGACCACCUGGACUACGGCUCUGUCACUGCUCUGAAUGAGCGGUUCGGGAGUGAACUGAGGUGGUUUGUGCCUUUGGGUCUCCUCGACUGGAUGCAAAAAUGUGGCUGCGAGAAUGUCAUUGAGCUGGACUGGUGGGAGGAGAACUGUGUCCCCGGCCACGAUCAGGUCACCUUUGUCUUUACGCCAUCCCAGCAUUGGUGUAAAAGGACUCUGAUGGAUGACAACAAGGUUCUGUGGGGCAGCUGGUCUGUCUUGGGGCCAUGGAAUCGAUUUUUUUUUGCAGGAGAUACUGGUUAUUGCUCUGCAUUUGAAGAGAUAGGAAAAAGGUUUGGCCCUUUUGACCUUGCAGCUAUUCCCAUUGGAGCUUACGAACCAAGGUGGUUCAUGAAAUACCAGCAUGUGGACCCAGAAGAAGCUGUAAGGAUUCACAUUGAUGUUCAAGCAAAGAAAUCUGUGGCAAUUCACUGGGGAACUUUUGCCUUAGCAUAUGAGCAUUACUUGGAGCCUCCUGUGAAACUGAGUGAAGCUCUGGAAAGAUACGGACUUAAGACUGAAGAUUUUUUUGUCUUGAAGCACGGAGAAUCAAGAUACUUAAAUACUGAUGAUUAAAACUUUAAAUAAAGAUGAGCAGAAGAGCUGUUAAUGAAAAAGGCAUACUUGAUAUAAAUUUGAGAACAAAUGAACAGACUAAGAAAUUCAUGAGUUAAGGCUUUUUCAUUUGGAAACAAUGCCUACAAGUGUGCAUUUUGUUUUAUGUAAUAACUUGCUUACCAGUUAUGAUGACCAGCUCAUGAAAACUGUGAAGGCAGUACAGGGGUGGGUUGUUUAAAUAAUGAGCAGUGGUCAAUGUGGGUAUAAAAAUAUAUCAAUGGUAUAAGCAUUUCAGUAAAAUUUUUUUUAAACUAAAGCAUUAUACUUUAGUAGUAGUAGAAUUUUCUGAGGCUGUGAAACACUGGUAUUAAAGAGGCACCUGUUUUUCUGUCAGGGCUUCAAGAUGAGCCAAGGCUGUCUGCCUGGAUCUCUUCAGAGGCCUCUGCACACACAUCUAAUAUGCACAUUGUAGUAAGAGACACGGCUGACUCCCCCAUGCUUAUAAACGUAGCAGCUCUUGCGCCGUCAAGCUUAGCAUAUGCCAAAUGUUAGGUGAUGCAUUUUGGUAUGCAUAAAAACAGGUGUUUGGGCCAAAUUACCAUUUUAAAAGACAUUUUGUGAUUAAAAUACAUAUAACAUUAACUUUUCAUUUUAGCCAUUUUAAAAGUGUAGGUUUUCUUGGCAUUAGGUAUGUCCACAUUCUGUACACUCAUGACUACCAUGAGUUACAUUUUUAAGAGUGGAACACAUUUAUGAUUCCCCAAAUUAGCUCUCUGGUCUGAGGCCGUAAAGGGAGACAUGGUUGGAGGAAGGGAAAAGAUGUGGUGAUGAGAAUGAUUUAUGAGAUUUUCUAUUUUUAUUCUAAAACACCUUUUGGUAAGCACAGAUAUAGCUGUAAUUAUUUCAGAGAUGAUAAAUGUAGAUUUUACAUGUAAAUAGAUGAUAUAUUUUGACUUUGAUUUCUUUCAUUUUCCAUUACUCUAUAUGCAUAUUUCUCCUGGUUUGCUAACUCUAAUCUUAUUAUCAAUAAUAUUUAUAAAUAUUUUGAUUCAUGAUUAAGAUGUCUUACAUAUUUUUGUAUUAAAUGACCUCUAAGGAUGGUAUCUUUGGGGAACACAAGUGAUUAAGAAAAUAGAUACUAGGUGUCAGCUAGUUGAAUUUUAUCAGCCGUACAUGGUGGCACAUACCUGCAAUCCCGAAGCUCUUGAAGGCUGAGGCAGAAGGCUCACCGGGGAGUGUGUAAGACCCUAUCCGAGGGCCACUACAUGUUCCAGGCCCAUAGGCUUGGUAAAGUAAACUUCACUGAUACAAAAUGAGUUUUCUAAACCAAAUGCUAUCUGGACAUUGCUCUGUAAUUGGAAUGUGCACGGAUGCACGCAUGACACACUUAGUACUACAUCUGAAUUGUUUUCAUUGUUUCAUCUUGAAUUUUCUUUGUAACCUGAAGUCACUAUGCUCACUGUGCCUCUUCCUCAUGUGCAACAAGAGGAUAAUUUUGACCUACCUCCAAAUUGUGUCAAAUAAAGAUUCCCAAAAGCACUUUAGAGAUCUAAAGGAGAACAUGCUCUAAGAGAUCACUGCCUCACGUAGGUAGGUACACUUGAAAGCUGAAAAUAGGCUCCUAACAAUUGCAUCCCACUCAUUUUAUAAAUUUGGAAAUAAUAGCUAAUGCAGGUGAUCUUUAUUGAAAUGGACUAUUUUCACUGAAAAGUUUCAAAUCAGCCAAAGGGAAGUGUUUGUGCAAUAUGUGUUUAUAAUGUAUGUGAAUACAUGUGACUUGGGGAUACUGAAGCACAAAAGAAAUCCUAAGAGAAAAUAAGCUCGAAGACAAAACUGAAGGAGCAGCAACCUCUCAGUCAUGUGCACUAACGUGAGGACACGGGCGUCAGUCUGGGGCCAGCGUUCUUGUAGUCACAUCCUUGUUGCUGCCCAUCGAGCUGCAAGUUCAUCUUGCCGCUGAAGCAAGCAAAGUGAUGUCGCUUCAGUUCUUACUCUCCAUGAAUGGCCUUAGCAUUACUCCUGUACAUAUGUGUACUCUUUAACAGCUCCUCCAACCACUUACAUACUAUGUUCUAUUUAAUUGGGCCUGCUUUGUUUUUCUAGGCUUCCUCACAAGCUUUAAUUUUCAUUGCCAUUCACAGUCCUUAUUCACUGAUGUUAUCAAAGAUCAGUAUCAUGCCUUACCAAAACUCACUGAGUGGUUUCCACUUCUCCAUUUACUUACAUUUUGAAGGGUUUAUGUGCAGGGUGAAGAUACAUUUUGAAAAAAGUUUAUUCAAUUCACUAAUAUACACUGUGACACCUUUUAUCUCUUAACAUCAAAUUCAAUUUCAUGUUCACCUUUGAUUAGAGGACAUCCUGAGCAACAUUCAUACACCUCACCACCUAACAAAAGUUAAGAUGUGUCUUCACCUACAGGAGAAGGAUCUAUUUGUGUAUUUCACUGUUUUUCCUCAAUAGCAAUUACCCUUUACUCUAGCGUUGUGACAUUUCAGAAUCAAUGCUCUAAUUUACGAAGUAAAAUUGGAUUAAAAACAGGAAAAGUUUUAGAACCCAGCACUACUAAAGCACAAUGAAAACAAAUCCUGGUUUUUAAUAUGUGCACAUGUUGAAUACAUAUUUAUAUUAACUAGGGAGAUAGGUUUUUAAAUUGUUAAAAAGAGAUGUGCCUUUCCAGGAUUUAUUAUGUACCUCUACUGUAUCACCAACAUACAGAAGUAUAAUUCUUAGCUGUUAUACUAUUCCAGCCCAUUGGAAAUUUCAGUUUUUCAUCAUAUAUAAACCCUUUUUGAACUGUUAAAAUAUUUCUUCAGAGUUUGAUUUCUGUAUCAGGAUAACCCUGAGGACAUUUUUCAGUUUGAGUAUUGUAAUUUCCUUUGGAAAUACUCUUGUGUAUUUACAAAUGAAACUUAAGAGUUCUCUUAGGGAUUUAAGUACACAACUAGGAACCUGCUGCUUGAAUAUUUAUUUACUCAGUGAUAAGCAUGAUAGGGGAUAUGAACCUGAGUAUUACAGAACCUGGCUGACUUCAAAUAUACUGAUAGAGCUUAUGGGAGAAAAUAUUAUUUAAAGAAAUACUACCUGAGAAAUGUUCAUAUAUUGUAAUUUUAGUAAAAAACGGAUGAAAAUAAAAUACUGUCAAUAAGGGAAAAACA